AUGGGAAAGCUUUGGCUCAAGGGCUCCCGGGAGCAGGAGCUCCGCAUCGUCCUGCUGGGGCUGGACAACGCCGGGAAGACGACGCUGCUGAAGCGCCUGGCGUCCGAGGAGGUCAGCACCAUCACGCCCACCCAGGGCUUCAACAUCAAGAGCGUCCAGUCACAUGGCUUCAAGCUGAACGUCUGGGACAUCGGGGGGCAGCGCUCCAUCCGCCCGUACUGGAGGAAGUACCUGGGCAACACGGACCUGCUGAUUUAUGUCAUUGACAGUGCAGACCAGAAGCGCUUCGAGGAGACGGGGCAGGAGCUGGCGGAGCUCACUGGGGAGGAGUCUCUCCUGGGCGUCCCGCUGCUGGUGUUUGCCAACAAGCAGGACCUGGUGACUGCAGCCCCUGCGGCCGAGAUCGCGGAAGGGCUCAGCCUGCACACCUACCGCGACCGCGAAUGGCAGAUCCAGCCCUGCUCGGCCCUGUCGGGGGAAGGAGUGCAGGAUGGGAUGAACUGGAUUUCCAGUCAGAUCAUGAAUCGGAAGAAGUGA